AUGCAGAACUAUGCUCUCUCCACAAGUUCUGUGAUUGAAGUCAAGUCCACUAGCGACAUGGACCAGCUGCUUUUGGACGAAACACGGGGGACAUCGGGUGUAACGAAGGUUCUAGUUGUGAAACGUCCGAAGCUACAAACUGGGUAUUUCAGGCUUGGUGACUAUGCAUCAAACAGCAAAGCGGGCCCCGACUCAUCUCUGUUGGUCAAGGGAGCUGAUGGAACUGUUCUCAAAGAGCCAACAGACUUUGUUUUGGUUUGGAAUGGUACCAGUGGCGAUGUUGCUACUCCUACUUCAAGUGGGUCGUUUUGGAAGCCUGUUGCCCCAGCUGGGUUCACGUGCCUUGGCCAUGUGUGGCAACAAGGUGCCACAAAGCCGGCCACCAACCUAGUGCGCUGCCUUCAAGACAGGUUUGUGGAAAGUGCGCCAUCAAGUUUGUUAUUUGACAACAACGAUGCUGCCUCCAAAGCUAGAUCUGAGGUAGAUCUAAGUGUCCGGAGCACAGGGUCAACGUCCACAAGUCUCACACCAGGUACCUUUGUUAGCAAGGCUUCACAUUCUGCCCCUGCCACGGAGGAAUUCAAGUCUCUUAAGAAAGGCUGCAUUCUAGGACAGGGCACUUUCCCAUUCUGUGAUGCUAAUGACAGUCUCACUCUUACUGCGGACGCUGCAAAGGACUUCAAAAUUCCCUACGCAAAGCUCCAGCCCUGCUACUAUGAACAUGAAGACCAGGUUGGAUAUGGGUUGGUGAACGAGGCCAACUCGAAGUGGCAGAAUCAUGCCAUUGAGUUAUUCGAGAAUCCUGCAGGCUCCCUUGGAUACAAGCAUGUAGGGGCUUCCACACACCUUGGGGAGCCCUACUGCGUGGGAUCAGUCGUGUUUGGUUCAUCCAGCAUCAGGAAUGACCUUUUCAUCCAUGACAUCACCAAGGUUGGAAGUAUCACUCAGCAGGAGGCCGAAAACCAGAAGAAUGGAGCAUUGGGAAGUUACCUGUCCAAAUUGAUUUCAGGAGACUUUGUGUUUUUGUUUCCAUGCUCAGGAACAAACUCAGUCAAGGACUACAAGGCAUCUCUGGUGGCCCUUGCCACUUCUGCGAACACCAAUGGUGGCAGUGAAAACGGUGUGGUUAAUGUUAAUGAGAACCUGGGAGAAUUGGGACUCUUUGGGGGUUCAAAGUGGACAAGCCCUCACUAUUGUGGCAUUUCAGAGGAGCCAACAACAUCAGGUGGAUGCAGGAAAGUCGAUGUCUGCUUCUUUGAGCCAGGUGGAUGCAAACCAUAUGACCAGCUACCAUGUACUGAGAACACUGACUGCAAAGGAGGGAUUUGCAAUACAGCAGAUAGUCUUUGUGGAGAUAAUUUAAAUCUCUAUGCAAGCAGUGUUCAGUCAAACUCGAGGCAGACUCUUCAACGUGCUUCCUCCUACGGUAUUGGGCAAGAUGGGCCAGGAAGAUUCCUUGUUCAGGAAGCAGGCAACAGAAUCCAGCUGUCUGGCAAUGUGUGGAAAGCAUUCCCAAUUGCGGAGCACACUGUGUCUUACAGAUCAGUCUUGGAGUUUGAUUUCCGUCUUGUGGACGAAGUUGAGGGACAUGCCAUUUGUCUUGACGAGGAUCUCAAUGAAGAUGUGGAAAUCCAAGGGUCCAAGCGAUGCUUUCGGCUUGGUGGCUCUCAGAGUGCCAUUUGGAAGGAGGUUUGGAAUCUUGACCACCCAGGCAGCACAGGAGAAUUCAAGCACUACAAGGUGAAGAUUGGAUCACUUACUGAUGGUGCAGGAAACGACGAGCCUUACAUUUCUUGGGGUGCCAAAAUCAAGUACAUUGGCAUCGUUCAAGACAAUGAUGCGAAUGAAAACAUUGGGGAGAGCACAUUCAAGAACCUGCAACUUUACCAUGACAAUGCAGCCCCUGUUGAAACAGUUGACCCAGGUCCGUCAAUCACAGGAACAUCUAUCGAAAUUGAUGUAUCCAAUCCUGCACGCCAUAGUAACUGGAAGGUUGGAUGCACAAGGCUUGAUGGCAGUGUACCCGACCAGGAGCCGCAAAGUGUCUACAAGUACGACGGCAAGUCAUUCAAUGCUGGAACGUCAACAAAUUUCAAGUACACAUUGGAUGGUCUCUUAUCUGGCUAUGAGUACACUGCAAAGCUGUUCCCCGUGGACAGCAGUGGUAAUCAGCUCCAAGGUUCAACUCCACAGGAAACAGUGGCUUCAACAUAUUGCUGUUGCAACUGCAAUUCAAUCAUUGUCGGUGACACCACCGGAAGGCCAAUAGGCUUGAAGGCAUAUCAAGUCAAAGGUUUUGUUAUGUUCAAUUUCAUUGACAACUCUCUGUGUGCUGAAGCCUACGCCUUUACUCGAUCUUCGCUUGAGGACGAGUUCUUUGAUAAUUCGGAUGAAACAAGAAAGAGUGUCUUCACGCCGAACUACAAUUACUACCCCAAGAAGAAGUGUGGUGGUGCUCCAGUCUUGCCAGGGAAAGCUGCAGCUGAUGAUCUGAGGACCUCCUCGCUUGUGGUUGGUGCUGCCUACCGGUACUGUGUCCGCGCAGUUGCUCAGUUCUACUCAGCAGAUUCCCCGCACUCCAGUGAUGAGAACUGCAACAUUCAUUUUGUCCGCUGGCAAGCAUCCAUGUCAGGCAAGGUCACAACAGCCCCUUUGGCCGGCAGCCUACCCAUUGAAGACGUUGCUGUUUCAUGGGAGUUGUUGAACCCAGAGCUAACUGUUGUCAUUGCGUCUGGAAGUGCUGUGACCAAGAGGCCUGGUACUUAUUCCAUUGAGUUUGAUGAGUUGCACAAUGAGCUUGAUCGUGACAACGAGUUUCCCGUUCGAAUCAAGUUUUCCAAGACAACCACUGUUGGCAAUGAUACUAUCACACACCAGUUCCUCUGCAAUGAGGGUACGACAGAUUGCACCGAUGGCACUAUUGUGUAUCUGAAGCAUCUUACCUUUGAGGAACCUGUAGUGUCCUACGACAACUCCUCUGUUCCUGUCCGCGGAAGAGUGACAAUUUGGGAGCCCGAUGGGUGCCCUGUCAUUGGUGCUGAGGUGUGCCUGAAGAUUAAGCAUACUCAGACUGCUGACACCACAGGUGCCUGCGUCAAAACGGAUCACAACGGAGACUACAAUGUCCCCGCGGCCAUCGGUUCCACGGUUGGCAUUGAAGUCUCUUACAACAACCACACUAUGAACAAGGCACCUGAGAAUUCCCUGGACUACGACAAGGGUGUUUUCAUCAAUGUCAACAAGCGCUAUGUGCGUAAUGACUUUGUUGAUGUGGCCAAGGCAACACUUGUUGUGGAAGUCGUUGGCGGGCUGUGCAAUAAGACCCUUGGUGUCAGUCAACUGGAAGCAACGGUGAAUGGGUGUGAUCGGACACACUGGAAAAUGGACCUGAGCCAGCAAUUCUUCAAAGGAGAGCACUGGGUGCCUGCCCAUGUUCUUGAUCUGAAAGUGGUCGGCAUGUCGAAUGAUGCAAAGAAUGACUUCUCAAAGAUCCUUGACUUCUUUGCAACAAAAAAUAUGACAAAGACCAUUGACUUGCUAGAUGCCGGGGAUAUGCAGGAUGAGACAGAUCGUGUCGACUCUAGCAGCAGUGCGACUCCGGAGGAGAAGAGUGCAGGUUCCAAGAGUGAAGAGUCCUAUGACAAGGUCCGCUUCCAGUACGAUGGUGACCUCGUCAUGGACUUCAGGUUCAUGGGUGUUGAUUUGGCCGAAAGCUGUACCCUGCAAACGGUGAAGCCUCAAGGAACUCUCAUUUCUGGUCCAGAAACCACAACGUCAUUCCAUGUCACAACAACUGGAUCAACCUUCCGGCCCAAGGUGUUUUUGAAGUACUCCCUGCUCCCUGACCUCACAUGUGACAUCCUUUCUGAUGAAAUUGCCGUGAGAGUCAUCAACAAGAUUGGAAUAGACGCAGACUUUGAAACAUAUGCAUCCACCCUUCAGAGCAAAGCUGUCCUGGUAAACCGCCUCAAGUUGUGUAGCGAUGAUGGCGGUUGCAACUUCCCGGUGGAUCAUGAUAUUAUCAAUGGGAAGAAGACCAAUGCACACAUGCUUCCCAGAAAGGAGGAUGAUACUCUGAUCACUUUUGCUGCUGGAAGGCCAAAUCUUUACGAGGACUUUAGGAAGGAUUUGACUCUUGAAGUCCUUGACAAGAACCUGAAACCCUUGAAGACACACAGAGCCGAAGUUGUUGUCAUUGGUGACUAUGUCAAAGGUCCAGGAGCGUCUUUUGCUCUACCAACGUACAAGCCCAUCUUGGUUCUUCGGGAUCCUCCUGGUGGUCUCUCCCAGUCUAUCUAUGAAAAUGUUCAAACUUCCGUCAAAGUCAAAUCCUCUACUGUAGAGAGAGUGAAAGAUACAACUUUCCACUUCGACAGAUCCAUUGGAGGAGAAGCUGAGCUUUCCAUGUGUGCUGGUUUUGGAGCAAUGGCAUGCAAAGAUGUACUGGAGAUUGAAGGUGAAUUUGAUGUUGGCCUGGGACUAGAUUCAAGCACUGUUCAGCAGGAUGAUGAAGAUUCGUACACGUCUGAGUUCACAACAACUUGGAGCUAUGCUACCAGUGAUGACCCUGUCAUGGCAGGCCGAAAAUCAGAUGUUAUUGUCAUCCCCAACCUCAACGUCCAGUACCACAUUGUUACGACCGUUGCAUUCUAUGGAGGCACGUCAUGCCAAGUCAACACUACUGAUACUGUUAAGUUCUCUCUGACUGAUCCCGGCAACAAGCCUGCUCUCUCCUUCCUCAGUGUGUACAACAUUGAGAAUCAUCAGUUGCCUGAUCUGACCAAGGCAAUUGGUGACAAGAAGGCAGAGCAUGACAAACUGGCUGCCAACCACCCAAACAAAACCAAGACUAAAACACAACUCAAGGUUUUGGAAGACGCGUUGACAGGCUGGGAACAAACCAUGGCAGAAUACAAUAGUACCAAUGAAAAGGCCAGCAAGAACACACUUGACAUCGCUGGAAGGGAAUGGUUCACAAAAUGGGCUUCUACAAAGGACAUGAUGGAAAAGGAGCCAACCAUCACUGAUCACAGGUCCAACCUGGCCCCAGAAGUUCUAACUGACCGAACGGAAGCCUUCGACUUUGACUACAUCAAGCAGGCGAAACUGGCAUCAACUGACAAGGCUGACCUGAAGGAGACGAACAGGAUUCAGUUCAGUGGUGGUGGCGGUACCAUGGAGUUUGUGGUGGAUCAUGCAGGUGCCAGUGAAUUAAUGAGGCUGGACAAAACCCAAAAAAACGGGGCUGAAGCCGAUACUGCCACCUUGGAAGGGGAAAUGGAAAUCUCUGCAGGUGCCAGCUUUGGCGUGGCAAUCGGUGGUGGGUUUACAUAUGAGUCGUCCACCUCAGGGACAGUAACCGAUGAAAGUGGCCGCCAGACCACGGUUUCUUUUUUGCUUGGAGACGAACAAGCAAAUGAUGAGUUUGUGGUGGAUAUUUAUGUUGAUCCAACUUUUGGGACCUUUGUUUUCCACACUGUUUCUGGGCGUUCCAGGGCUCCAUGGGAGCCAAACACGAAGAAAGGUGAAGAUCUAAGCAUGUCCAUGGUGAGACCCGAUAGCCCUGUGAUGCCGGAUGAUGCCAUUGUGUUUGAUGUGACCCUUUUGAAUGCUGGUGAGACCAUGGCCGUGUUUCAGGCAUAUGUUGACCACACAACCAACCCUGGUGGCCUGAGACACUUUAUGGGUGGUGUUGGCUUGGAGGUACCCAUUGACUACACGCUGGGAGCGCGUUCGGAGAUUACGACAAAGGUGGAGAUCAGGAGAGGUCCAAACGGCUACAAGUUCCCUUCCACAAUUAUGUAUCUUGUGAGCUUGUGGGAUGAGCUUGGCAUCGAAGCUGGAUCUGUUGAGAUAUUCAACUUUGUAGAUGCGGACAACAAGAAGUGGAUUCUGUUUGAAGAACCAUGUCCACGAGUAGAAUGGGCUGGUUCUCUAAAGAGAGAAAGGAAGGCCUCAGUCAUCAAGAAUGUUAAGCCCGUUGACCUGACUGUCUUCAAUCCUCAAAAGGCUGACGGGACAUUUGAAAGCAUUGCAAAGAAUUCGCGGCUAAGCAAUGUGUAUGCUUGGUAUCGCCAGCUUGGUGAUAUUGGCGAUACCUCUUGGAAGAAGGCUCAACUUGCAGAUAAGACACAUAUUGACUUUGCCAAUAUUCCGAAUGUGAGUUCGUACAAGGAAAGUUCCUACGGGUAUUCCAAGAUUCCCUGGGACAUUGGCACUACCUUGGCUUCCACAGGAGACGGGGCUUACGAGGUGAUGGUCGAGAGUGUGUGUGAGACGCUGCCUGGAGCACCUGACGAGUUCAACAAAUUUCAAUCGGAUCUAAUAACUUUGGUUGUCGACCGAGUUCAGCCAGAACUUUAUGGCAAGGCUCUGCCAAUCAGAGAUGUGGUGGUUCCUGGGGAAGAGAUUGUACUGGUCUUCACAGAGUCCAUCCAGUGUGAGCUUCCCUACCGGUUUUUCUUGAAUGUGACUGUUGCUGGCCUUGAUCCUCCACUGUUCAACGAACGAGAUUUGAAGAUUGACUGUCAGGGCCGAAAACUUGGAUUCCAGUUUGACCCAACACAAACUGGUGGCGGCUGGGAUGUACUGAUGGGCAAAGAAAUGACAGUCACAGUGGAUCAAAUCAAGGAUCUGGAAGGCAAUGUGCUUCCCAACAAAAUCACAUUUAAGAAAACACUUGCCAAUUUGAACCUCCAAGCAGUGACAAGCACUUUUGACUUCAGGCUGGCCACGUCUAGUUGUACUAGUCCUGUUGAUGAAGCCAAUGUCAAGAACAAGAUUGCAACUGAGCUGGCUCUGAGUGACUCCAGCCGGGUAACAGUUGUCACCUCUUCGUGUGAUGGUACAACCACAGUUGCCAAAGUGAAGAUCAGCCCAACCGGUGGUCGGCGUCUGCGGAAUGAAGAAGAGGAGGAUCACAAUGCUCUAAGUGCCUUCUAUGCCUUGCUCAAGUUGUCUUCUGGUGAGACUGCUUCUGGAUCCAGGAAGUUGAUUAGCCUGGAUGGCGCAGAUUAUUUCACCUUCUCGGUUGACACCAUGGAGCUGGUUCCUGGAGAGGCCGACUUGAAGAAGUAUGGCUUGAAUGCGGAACUGACACCGGAGGAAGAGAUGAUCUUGGCAGCUGCCGAUGCCUGCGACAGUAUUCACUUGGAGCAGAGGCAUCAGUUCCUUAAGAUGGAGCACAGUGUUAAGGAGCAUUUGAACCAAACAGAGAGGAUGGCAAAGGAGACUGAUGCUCAUAUCGAGGAGCUCGAAACGCUCCUCGAAGAACUUGACCACAAGAUGGAAGGCAAGCUGGAUGACAUCGUUGCUCAUCUUUUGGCAACAAAGACUCAAACUCCUUCUGAGAGCGUUAGACCUGAACAUGUCGAACUUCCUGAUGAAAAGCAGGACCUGACGGUGCUUUUGGCACAGCUUAGAGAGGAGCAGAUGCUAUUGGCGCAGCUCCGGGAGGAGCAGAUGCAGUCCCGCUUCUGUAACAUUGUCCUUGGAUUGUCCCUGCUAGUAGGAAUGGUGAUGUCGCUUUAUGCCAGAGCUGGACGUUAG